UCUAAAGCUUUGUAAAUAAAUUUCAUAUUUCACUCAAAAUUCACAAAUGAAAUUUGUGCUGACAAAAUUAACAAAAAUAUCGAGCUUCAACUAUGAUCAGCAAGGCAAGGACUGGCGUGUUCGUGACGGCAAGCAGCAGUCGCCAGUUCUAUUAGACAAAGACAGAGCUAUCAUGUCGGACGCGCCUAAACUAAGCUUCCUCAACUAUAACAAGAUACUAUCUGGUCCCUUGAUUUUGAGGAACAAUGGACAUACUGUAACUAUGCCUAUUCCAACUACUGUCGAUGGAACUCAACCUGCUGUUUGUGGCUGCAAGCUGGAAUGCGUCUAUAAGGCUGUGCAGCUUCAUUUUCAUUGGGGUUCUAGUGGCUAUAAAGGCUCCGAACAUGUUGUUAACUCACUCCGGCAAGACUGCGAAUUACACAUUCUGCAUCAGAAUGCUGCGUAUGAAAAUCAAAAGGCUGCUUUAAAAUCUCCAGAUGGGUUUGUAGUAUUGGGCAUACAGCUUAGGUCAACGUCGAGUCUUAAAAUCAAUGGACAUGCGCUUAACAAAGUAUGUAGUAAGGUAAGUUCAAUAAUAGAGGCUGGUAAAGCUACAGCAUUGAAAGGCGACUUUCGGUUAAGAGACAUAUUGGCUGGCAUCGACCGGCGAGAGUUCUUUACUUACGACGGUUCGUUAACUACACCACCGUGCACUGAAUCAGUGAAGUGGUUUGUUUUUCAAACCCCUAUUGAUAUGUCUGCAAAACAUUUGCAAAACUUCUGGCAAUUGAAGGACAGUCGUGGCAAACCUUUAUUGAAUAAUUACCGUAAACUACAUUCGCUUCAUAAUCGAAAAGUUUUUCUGCGCAUUCCUUUUACGCGCCAGUAAAUUUAAAUUUGAAAAAUGUAAAAGUCAAUGUGCUGGAAUGAUACUCUCAAACUUCAAUAACAUACUUUUAAAACCGCUGAGUUUUACAA